AUGAAGCAUUCAAAUGCUGCGGGCAUUAGGGACGCGGAUCAAACCCCAUCUGCACACAUUCACGGCUUCUCACGGAGGAGCGGGAUCCGUGGAGACCGGUGGGGACACCGAAGCCCCCGACACAGCCUCCCAGCCUCGGCAGCUUUCAUUUGGAACCCGAUGGAGCCCUGCCUGUCGCUCCUACCUCCAGAGCCGCGGCCAGCCCCGUUCAGCCCCGGCAAGAGCCCCGACCAGCCCCGUUCAGCCCCGGCGAGAGCCCCGACCAGCCCCGUUCAGCCCCGGCCAGCCCCGGCCAGCCCCGGCCAGCCCCGGCCACUCCCGGCGAGCCGCCGCGGAGCGACGCUGCUCUCCGGCUGGCUCUGGGAGGCCGUCCGGCGGACGGAGACCACAGAAAUCCCCCCACAGCGAACCGAGCCACCAGCCCUGCACCGGGGAGCGGCGGCGGUUGUUGUUCUCCUGUUCCAGCAGCGGUUGUUGUUCUCUUGUUCCAGCAGCGGUUCGGUUGUUGUUCUCUUGUUCCAGCAGCAGCCGCGUUCACAUCCAACACACGACCGGCUCCGUGUGUCGGGAGCGCGCACAACAUCCGUAAAGACAGAGAAUCUACACACGGUUUCUGACCAGGACCUUUGUUCCCGUCUUGCGGGAGCAGGGCGGCAGAGGACGCCCAGGCAGACCACGGGGGGAGAGAGAACCAACAGCACUAGGAGCUGA